GACUGCGGGUGCAAGGACGUGCAAGGACUGCGGGUGCUCGAAUCUUUCAGCUGACACGUUUACGCGCGUCGAUCGCGCUGGAGUAGUUUACAACACGCCACACGCCAUGGCGCGCGACUUGGAGGCCGCGGCACUCCUCGCCGCUGUGGCGAUCUUGUUUAUCUAGAGCAGAAUUUCGCGGCAGGCGGUCGUCACUCGUCAGCGCAGUGCGAGAGAGACGCCACUCCCCUUCCCUUCGCUAAUGGCGUCAUCGGAGGGACGUCGUCGUCGGCGGGGCAAAAAGAGCAAGGCCAAAAAGAAGAAGAAAGAGGCCGGACCGACGAUCGUGCAGGACCUCCCCGACCAUCUCUUCGAGCUCAUCCUCGUCCGCCUCGGCCCGUCCCCAUGCCUCGUCCGCGCCGCGGCCGCCUGCAAGCGGUGGUGCCGCGUCGUCGGGAACCCCGGCUUCUUCGCCCGCUUCGGCCCGGUCCACGCGCAGGCGCCGUACGUCGGCGACUACCACACCGUGCAGGGGGGACAACCCCUCUUCGUCCCCUCCUCGCCGGUCGUCGUCGACCGCAGCCGCUUCUCCCUCGAGUUCCUCCCGGAGAGCGGAUCGUGGGAGAUCGCCGACAGCCGCGGCAGCCUCCUCCUCCUCACCAAGAAGAGGGCGCCGCAGAGCUGGCGCGACUACUCUCGCUGUGUUCGCCACUACCCCGACCUUAUGGUAUGCGAGCCGCUCGCCGGACUCUACCAGAGAAUCCUCUGGCCGGAGGAUCUGGACGGAAUUGGCCGCCUUGGCGUGUUCCUGCUUAACGGCGACGACGCGGGCCGCCGCGUCAGCACGUCCAACUUCAGGGUCCUAGCGGCCGUCGACGAAACCGUGGCAUGUGUGUUCUCCACGGGCAGCGAGGGCGGCUGGCGCAUUAUUUACAGCGAGAUCACCAGCCACGUCGAGCUCCCAAAGCUCGGCCCCGAAAAUUUCGUAGGGCGUGCAAACGGCACUCUGUACUGGGGAAUUGACGGAUGCGCCACCGCCGUUCUUGCUCUUGACGAGACCACGGCGGAGUUCUCGAUCGCCGCAUUCCCGGAGAACGUCUGGGGGCCGUCCCACAUACGGACCUCGCGGAUCGUCGGCGGCGAGGACGGCACGCUGCGCGUCAUCCGCCUCAUAGGCAACGACCUCAAGGUCUUCGCCAAGCGGCAUGCGGGCAGUGACGAGGAUGAGUGGUUGCUGGAGAUGCACCUGAGGUUGCCGGAGGCCACCCUUGGGCUGCCGGGGCGCGAGGAGCACUUUUUCCGGCAACAAACCAUGAUUGUUGCGGCGAAUACCAGAUACGUCCUGCUGACACCGAGCGAGAAAUCGUGGUUGUUCUCUGUUGAGCUUGAUACAAUGCGAGUAGAGAGCAAACACGAGAGAAACAAGUACGCCGGAGAGGCGUACCCGUGCAAGUUGCCAUGGCCGCCAGCCUUGGCUGAUCAUGGCAGGGAAAGGAGGUGAUGAUGAUGCCUGAUUGUCAUGGCUGCCGACUUUGUCUCAUCAUAGCAGAGAGGAGGUGAUAACGUCCCUGAUCGUCUAUCAAACUUUCAAAAGGUUAUCCGUUUCGGCGUAUCUGGAACAGAUUUGUACUAUUUGUAGAAAAAAAAAUCCGUACCGUGUUUUUUGCUUCACUCUGUUCUUGCGUGUGCCUCUCUUGGACUCCUUCCUCAUGCUCCCCCCGCCAUUAUAUUGAACAGCGGCUAAUUAGGGAUUUGGAACAGAAAAUGUUUAUAAAUAAUUCGUGCUUAUUUUUUGACUGGACACUGUUUUGGGCCAGUCGAUUUCUUAUUGGGCUGAAACCCAUUUCGUAUUGCCUGUUUAUAGGCCGUGCUGCCUCUUUUUUCUGUUUGUAACUUUGUAUGCAUUUUUUGCUUCUCUUUUUUAGUCGGUUUAUAGGGGUAUAUUCAGGAUGUUGAAUGAGUGUAAAAUGUAU